GCCUGGUUUUUGUUCGUCUUUCGUACAAAUCGCGAUAAUUUAAUUCGACAUCGUUUAUCAACGGGUUGUCAACGCAAUGGAGGCGAAUUCAAAUCCUACAACUCCCACGACGGCGGUGGCCACCACCACAUCCACAUCCAGUCCAUCGCCAGCUGCGAGCACCAGCAGCAAAGGACACAGUCAAGCCGCCUCCACUUGCUCCGCAUCCGCAUCCGCCUCUGCCUCUGCAUCCGCAUCUGUAUCCGCAUCCGCAUCCGCCACACAGUCCCAGCUGCUAACCACAAGUCUGGAAAUUCACAAGGUGGAGGAUCUGUACAAUCUGUCCCUGGCCAGCGGCUUAUCCGAGGGUCAGAGAUCCCUUUCGGGAGCUCCGUCGGCAUCCUCCAGUCCCAUCAUGAGUCCGCAGGGCAAGAUCUUCGGAAGGAAUGCGAACGGAACAAUGAUCACCACAUCGCGACCGGGCAACGAGGCGGAGGUGCAGCUGUACCGGGUCCUCCAGAGGGCCAGUCUUCUGGCCUACUACGACACCCUACUGGAAAUGGGCGGCGACGAUGUGCAGCAGUUGUACGACGCCGGCGAGGAGGAGUUCCUCGAGAUCAUGGCCCUGGUGGGCAUGGCCUCCAAGCCGCUCCACGUCCGCCGGCUGCAGAAGGCGCUCCACGAGUGGGCCAACAAUCCAGGACUCUUCCAGGGUCCCAUGCUGCCGCACUUGGGUCUCUGCGAAACGCCACCGAAACCGGCGUUGGUCUUCAAUCCGGACACCACUCCCGCCCUGCCCCGCCAGAAGUUCCCUUCGUUCAACCCCUCGGCCACCUCCUCCUUCCAGCCCUCGCCGCUUCCCCCGGCUGCCGUGCCCACUUCCGCUUCGAUUACCGUUCCCGCAGGUCCCUUGGUCACCCAGAUUAGUUGUCCCUCUGCGCCACCGGUGCCCAUGCCCCUGGUCCUGCCCUCCACCCCGCUGACCAGCAGUCCCCAUCCCUCGGCGAACAGUAGCCUGCCAGCGAACACUGCCCACCAGGUGUCCUCCAGUUCGCCCCAGCUCACUCCCGUCCUUACUGAAAUGCAGAUCCAGCGGAUUACGAUGUGUGCCGAGAAGAUCGGUAGGCAGUUGCCCCAAAGGGAACCGCGUGCGCAGACCACCAGAAAGCGAACCACCCGGGAACUGGAGCAGGUGAUCGCCAUGUCGGAACAGGAUCCGCGGCGCAUGGACGAGAUCCGUAAGUACUCGGCCAUCUAUGGGCGAUUCGAUUGCAAGCGGAGGCCGGAGAAGCCGCUGACCUUGCACGAGGUGUGCGUCAAUGAGGCGGCUGCCCAGUUGUGCCGGAAUCCCCAGACCAUUUGGCUGCUAACCCGCAGGGAUGAGCUGUUCCCCCUGGCCCGCCAGAUUGUCAAGGAUGCAGGUUUCGGCCAUUCCGCCAGCAUUGCUCGGUACGGUGGUCUGCUCACCCAGCUGCCCUCCCAGGGAGCGGGAUUGGGUGGAGGACGAGCUGGACCUGGGGAUACGGACUGCGAGUCCAGUGACGCCACCGCCGUUCCCUCCAAGCGACAGCGACUCUCCUCCACGGAGGCCGCCCAGCUGCCUCUCGACUUGAACCGGGAAGCCGUUGAGGACUCACGCUACAAUCUGUUUGCCAUGUACCAAAAGUUCGCCAAGCCGCCGUUCGAUCUUACGGAAAUUGCCAAGUUCUCACUUGGCAAGGCGGCUGACUAUGAGGAUAAUGACUCGCGCUUCUCGUUCAGCAACUCCAGUUCGCCGACCAUGCCAACGCCCUGCAAUGGAAUGGAAAGUGAUCGAUCGCCGGUCUCCCGACGGAUGGAGACCUCUUCGCCGCCCCGGGAAUCGGUGGAUCUGAGUGGUUCGACCUCGGGUCCGCUGCUCAGUGGGGUCCAGGUGAUAUCCGCGGCGGGGGACAACAUCAUCGCGGUAGCCAAUCCCGCCCUGGCACUCAGUCCCACUUUGAACGAGGUGCUCUCCCUCAAGAGGAACGCCGCCUCGCCGGAAGCCUAACUGCAGGUGGUGAGGAUCGGAUGGAUGCCAUUCGUAGUGCCAGAUUUGGAUAAACAUACACCCAAAUCGUUUUAUUUUCAGUGCAAUUCAAUUAAUUUACGUUCGUCUAAGAGAAAACCUUGUUUUAGGUGUAUUAAGUCAAUUUUUAGUUCGUAGUCUCUGUGAUCUAUACUAAACACUGUAAUAAAAUCAUUAUUUA